AUGACAAAAACGGACCUUUGCUUACUUUUCUUGCAUGAAUUCAAACUUGGGUACAAUGACGCCCAAACUGCUGCCAAUGUCAACAGAGCAUGGGGAGAGGGGUCCACAAGUGAUCGCACCGUACGAAGGUGGUUUCAGAAGUUCCGUAGUGGUGAUGAGAGACUUGAAGAUGAAAAAAGUAGAGGGCAGUCAUGCAGUCUAGACAAUGAACAGUUGAAAGCAAUUGUUGGACAAAACCCACAUCAAAGUGUCAAAGAAAUGUCUCAGGCACUUAGUGUCGGCAUUGCAACGGUCUCACACAAUCUGCAGAAGAUUGAUCGAUCUCAUUGUAUUGCACAUUUCAGUCAAAAGACUGCAGAAUAUUUUAAUGCUUUGUACAUGAAAUUCGGUAGAUGGAAACCAGAAACCCGUCAAAAGGAUUAUUCCUGUACUUAG